ACCAAAUUUAAUGUAAUUUCGCGAAGAUAAUACAACGAUUCGCGCUAUACUUCGGUGUUUUUAUUACAUUAAAGCCGUGAACGAAAAAAGCUGAGCAUGAACUGCAAGCCAAUCCUUACAUAUUCAGGCGAUAGCCGUCUGUUUAAGAGUUUGGAACCGCAUAUCGUUGCGGCAUUACCCUCGGAUACAGCCGAAUGGAAACGAUCCUAUGGACGACCAGUCAAGAAUGUCCGCGUUGAAGCAACUUUCAAACCUUUAGAUGUGACCCUAUUAGAAAAAUAUAACGAAGGUAACUGGAGCAUUGUAGAUCAUCCCGUACUGCACCUUUACGUGACUGAAUGUAGCGAUAUAGAAGCAUAUCGAGCUUCAGUAAAAGAGGAAAUCGAUCAAUGGUUGAAAGUCUUGACCGGAUUCAAUAUAACCGACUGGAUGAUUGUACUUGUUGAAACGCUUGACAUUAAAAAAUCAAAAAACAUUUUGCCUCGAACAACGGUUUUGGACAAGAUUCGUCUAGAUUUCGCAUCGAAAAAUGGAGAUCGCUGCCUAUCUGUUCUUAAUCCAAGUAAAUUCGAAAUGAAAGGAACUGAAUCAUUCCGCUGCUUACUGCAACGUGUACGUCAUUUGAUGCUGACCGGUUACAACAGGAAUAUUGUCAAAUAUGAGGAAUUGAUACGGUCAAAUCGUGAAAACAGAGUACAGGAGAAUUGGAAUUUUAUCGAUUACUUUCUGUUACAAGAGCAACUCGCUUUCGUACUUGAAAUGCUUGGACAAUAUUCGGAAGCGCUGGUGCAAUAUGAUGAGCUGGAUGCUUUAUUCUCUCAAUUUAUUCUCAAUUCGGUCUAUGGCGAAAAACAAAAGUGGUUGCAAAUUUUUGACCAGCCGUUGUAUGCUUUUCAUGGUAUAUCCAUGAAUCCAGUAAAAAUGGAAGAAACUCGCAGCAAAAUUAUUAUCCAAUCCGUCAAUCUUCUGGAGUUUAGAAGCUAUCUUUUUGAGAGACAAUGCUUGCUACUAGAUACCAAUGGUAAGCCUUGGGAAAUUGCUGAACGUUUAUUACCAUUUCUAUUUUCCACUUUGAGGGAAAUUGAUGCUUUGAAGCUAGAGACCCCAGAAGGAGCUCUCGAGUGUUGGGAAUUUGUAUGUGCCUUGGAAGUUCUUUACCUUUGCGAUAAAGUACAGGAAUCGAAGGAUAUUUACAAGUGUUCACAGUAUUCAGCGCCAAUUUGGAACUUGGCAAAAGAUAAAUUGUACAGCUUGGGUAAACAAUGCGGUUUACUCCCCGGUUGUACGCCAUCCUCAGAACAACUACAUACGGUAGUUCAUCUCUCAGCAGGAAUAGGUGACACCAUUCCGGAAAACAGCCGCAGUUCGUUGCUCGAACCCGAGUCAACAGAAGGCAAGAAACCUCAUUCGCCAGCACGCAAGCCAAGAAAGUCGGCAAAAGAUAGUCUAAAGGAAGCAUUAGGUUCGAAUCAAGCCUUUACAAAGCUUUAUUUAGAAUUGAGCGAGUUGGCAAUUAGUACCUACAAACAUGUAUCUAGAUUGCGAUCGGCUCGUUUAGUUGGACUUGAUCUGGGCACUUUUUAUAUUACCUUGAACGAACCUCAGAAGGCAGUAGUUUUCUUCACUGAUUUGCUCAGGGAGCUUAAGACAGAAAAUUGGCAUUUCCUUAGCAGUCAAACCUUGUUACAGCUGGCCAGUUGCUAUAAGAAAAUGGACGACAUUGUCAGUUACACUAAAACGUGUGGCGCAAUUGCUUGCUGCGUAGAUUUGGAGAAAUUGGUUCGGACCUUUUAUUUCGAUGAAUUUUUAACAUCGCUAAAACAGCUCAAAGCACAUAGAACUACAGAUAUCAACGCGUUAAACGUUAUAACAGUACUAGAAGAUCAUUUUCAGAUUAUCGAUAUUAACUUAACACACAGUUCAAUUGUCCAGGAUGAUGUCAUCUUAGUAGUUUUAAAAUUAGAAAGCAACUUUCCACGUGAAAUUCCAUGCGAACAAGUACAACUAUCAUUUGAAAUGGAUCCGAAGCAAGCAUCCGAAUCGCCUAAUGCACAGCCCGGGCUACCGGAAGCGACGGCACUGCUUCCUAUCACUUUACAUCUCGACUACAAGCAAGAUGAUACUCUAAGCUGUGCAUCGGUCGCCUGUGACAACAAGACAAAACAGCCGGUUCGUCGAACUAGCAGCACCAGGCGUCGUAUAUCGCCAACGCAACGAUCUGAUUUCACCAAUUGUGUUGCCAGUGAAAAAAUGGUACUUCAACCGGGACUAAACACGAUCGAGCUAAAAGUGAAAGCGAAGCGCGUAGGCUCUUGGACUUUUAAACAACUGUCCAUUCAAAUUGAUAACGUAGAAUUCCUAUCCGAGAGCCUCCCCACAAGUCCAGUAAAUUUUGAAAUUAUUACCAAGGCUUCAUCAGCCGUGCUUAAUUUUAUGAACCUUAUUGCUGGUGUAGAACAGCCGGUAAAGCUAAUUGUUUCCGGUGGUAGUUUUCGCUUUUCAAAAGAUGCAAGUAUUACGCUAAAAUGUUCGAAGAAUUUACGAAUGCGACUUGCUAAUUCAGACGAGCAAUGCCGCAAGGCAAGUUUUCAACGAGAGCUCAUCAUUGGUUUGCACGAUUUCCAAUCGUUUGAAGAACGGGCCAUUGAUUUGGAAGCCCUAUGUGACCUUCCCGGUCGGCGUGAAGAAAAACCUAUCGAACAAAAGGUUGCCCUUUUGGUUCCCUGGAGUCGCAACGAAAUUCUAAUUCCGCUACACUUUCUUCCGGCUUUGACAGCUUCAUGCCGUUUGCAUUCGUCAGGUUCACGAAAAUUUCUGCAGGUAAUACUCAAAGGAGUGAGUGAUAAUAGACUCAUACUAAAGAAUGCGACUAUGACGUGCGCGGCCGAAGGUGUCACAAUCAUUGACGUGAAUCCCAAAUCACAAAACGAAAUCAUCAUGACUAAAAGCUUGUCUAUUUCGUAUCUGUAUGAAAUACAAGUGGAAGCACUGAAAGCAGAAAGAGAACUGCCGGUCAUCCAUGUCGACUAUCGCAUGAGUUUCGCAGACGAGAAUCUACCGGAAGAACUGCGAUACUAUAUUCCGUACUCAGUUACAUUUGAUGUGAUGGAUUACACUACAUUAUUCACUAUUUGCGCCAAAAUUGAACCGUCCGAGUUAUGUCGUGUAAAUUCGGUCUGUCAUUUGAAUCUGCGAAUAUCGAAGGUUCAUGCCAAUCCAUUCUCAGAUCUUAUGUAUGAAGUUCUUGCCGAUCAAAACAUGUGGGUUGUUGUUGGCCGUACUGCGGGGGUCAUUUCGAUGGAAGAAGUAGAAAGUCACAGCAUUACGUUAGAAGUGCUGCCGCUGACAGCUGGCUUCUUACCACUGCCGAACGUCCGCCUAUCCAAGUACAUUUCGAUGAACAAGUCCAAAACGGACACGCAUCCGCGGUUGCAACCUUUCCCCCCGGGGCAGAUAUACAAUUCGACCAAAAGUAUGCAAAUACACGUUCUAGCCAGUAACAAUACUGAUGCGUAAAAAUAAGUUAGCUGCUUAUUCUCAUGAAAUUUAUUACAACUGCAAGAUUAUUA